AUGUAUUGCUGUGGGAUGAGAGUGUCCCAUGAAACCUCAAGGACACUGAAGAGAAAGAAAGUCGAGGGGAACACGGCGGCCCUGGUGCCUGCUGUGGUCAAGAAGCAGGACACCAAGGAGAACAAGAAGGCCCAGCUGGUGGUGAUCAUACACGACGUGAACCCUAUCGAGCCGGUGGUCUUGCUGCCAGCCCUGAGCCGUAAGGUGGAUGUUCCCUACCGUGUCAUCAAGGGCAGGGCCGGGCUGGACCUCCUCGUCCAGUGGAAGACCUGCACCACAGUGCCUUCACGGAGGUGGGCCUGGAAGACAGAGGCUCUGGAGAAGCUGGUGGAAGCCAUCAGGACCAAUUCCAAUGACAGAGAUGAUGAGGUUAAAGAAGAGAGAAUCGUGGAACUGGAGGCAGAGAACGCGAUUCUGCACCUGAAGCUGGCCGAGGCUGAGUACAUGGUGUUUUAUGAUCACUACAUCACCCGCCCCCAGGUGCAGUUCACCUACUGGGAAUGGCCUCAGGAUCCUUCCCUUAGGCACGCUACCCAUCCUCAACCCCCCAUGGGCCAUCCCACCUCACCCUGCACCUCCUCCCACGGCCCAGCCCACCUGCCCUGCUCCCCCUUCUACAACCUGUCCCAGCCCACCUGCCCUCCCACCUGCCCUGCACCCCCCUCCUACAGCCAGACCCACUGCCCUGUACCCCCGUCCUAUGGCCAGUCCAGAGAGAUGGUCAGACACAGCCGCAGAGAGGCGGAGUGGGAGAGGCGACGGAGAAGGGAGUGGGCAGCCGCCACCCAGCUCGUGCGCAGCAUCCAGGCUCUGAAGUGGGACCUCAGCGAGCUCCGAGCCUCUUUCCUGGCUUUGCUGAAGGAUGUCCAGGGGACGGUCCAGGACCGGGCCUCUGAGGUAGUGGCCGCAGUACUUGGUACUCAGCUCUGCAGUGAAGCCCUGCAGGCCUGCCAGUCCCGAGCAGCCAGCUUGGAAGCAUCCCUGCAGGAUGUGAGUGCAUGGUACCACACCGAGAGGCAGAAAAGGCGGGCCCUGCACAACACGCUGGUGGAGCUGAAGGGUAACAUGCGAGUCCACUGCCGGAUCCGCCCCCUGCUGCCCUCGGACGCGGAGAGUCAUGCACGGCGGAGGUGUCUGCAGAGGACGCCACACCUUCUAGGGGCCACAGCUGUGGGGCUGACGAGCCGGUUCCUGGUCCCCUGCUCAUCAGUGCUGGACCUCAAUGGGGGAGCUAGACACCCCAACUUUCGACCCCUGGCCGAGUAUUCACUCUGCUCCUCAGAGAUGGCUGUGCGCGCGGCCGACGACGUGAGUGCCUCCCCAACAAACAAGAGAUCUCCACACUCGGGCCAUUCAGCCUCCAGCACCCUGGUCCUGACUUCCCUGUCGGAGGAGGACAUGGGGCCUUGUUCCCGCCCAGCUGCCACUGGCCUGGCCCAGGACACCCUGUAUGGACUAGUGCCCGCUGCCCGCUGGAGCCCCGGCUGCAUUCCUUGCUCGGUGAAUGAGGGCUGUGUGGACACUGGCCCCCUGUCGCCGUCUCUGACACGCGUGAGCGCUGUGUGGACCUGCUCAGUCCCCGUUAAGUGGGCUCCGGAAACAGUUGUGGUGACCUGUGGCCCCCCUGGCCACCCUCCAGUGCAUAGGACGUACACUUUUGAGAGGGUCUACAGCCCAGCCGAGGGGCAGGAUGCCGUGUUCGAGGAUGUGCGACCCCUGCUCAUAUCUGUCUUGGAUGGGUACAACGUCUGCAUCAUGGCGUAUGGACAGACGGGCAGCGGGAAGAGCUACACCAUGCUGGGGCCACGGGCGGAGGAGCACACAGCCAUGCCCUCAGAGGCCCACAGGGACUCGGGGAUCGUCCCCAGAGCUGCUCAGGAACUCUUCAGGCUCAUUUCUGAAAGUCCUUCUCUGAGACCCGAGGUGGAAGUCUCAAUAGUGGAAGUUUACAACAACGAGGUCUUUGACCUUCUGGCUAAGGAGGAUUCAUCAGUGGUCUCAGGGGCCAAGGACAGGAAGAGGGAGCUGGCCCUGCCCACCCACGAGUUGGUGAGAAGCGCUGAGGAGCUGGUUAAGCUGGUUGGUGAAGGUCUUCAGCUCAGGGUGAGCCACCCCACCCUGGUGCACGCCAGCUCCUCCAGGUCUCACCUGAUUGUCACGGUGACUCUGCCCUCUGCUGCCUCUUCUGAAGGCCAUCCAUCAGACCACACUAUGGGCAGCGUGCCGUCUUGCCCCUCACCUCGGCCGGCAGUCAGAGAGAAGCGGCGAGCGUCAUGCUUAGCCUUGCCUGUGGGGCUGGGCCCCAGGGGUGCCUCAGUUCACCUGGGACAGGUGCAGGCCCAGCUGCAGUUUGUGGACUUAGCAGGCAGUGAGAGUGCAGAUGUGUCAGGUGUGACUGGACUGGGCCUGAGAGAGUCCUCCUGCAUCAACCGCAGCCUGGCCGCCCUGGGGGAUGUGCUGGGGGCUCUGGGGGAGCAUCGGGGCCACAUCCCUUACCGAAACAGCAAGCUCACUCAUCUGCUACAGGACACCAUUGGAGGUGAUGCCAAGCUGCUAGUGGUCUUGUGCGUGUCCCCCUGCAACCGGCACCUGUCCACCACACUGCAGAGUCUUGCCUUCGGUGUGCGUGCCCAGCAGGUCCAGGGAGGCCGUGUGCGAAGAAGAGGCUGGCCAGCCCAGGGGAGUCCCGGAGAGGACCAUGUGAGGGUUGGGGGUGCUGCUGUCAUCUCGUCCCGGCUAGGCGGCAAAUAA